CUGUGUAAGGCUGACAUUUUAUUUCAACAUCUGUUGAACCUAAACUGACUUCAGUUUUGCUCUCGAAGUUGCUGUCAUGUCGGACAAACCGUCAGAAACCAGCGCCGCAGGAAAAAAACCGGCUCCCACGGCCGCAAUUCAAAAUCAAAGCCCGGGGAAAGCCGAGCCGGAAAAAGGAAAGCCAAUGGCAGUUUUGAGCGACGAAAUGAGGAUUCUUAAAGUUUUGUUAGGAUUUCUAAAAUAUGCCGGAGCAGCUCUAUUAAUUUGGUUUUUUGGAUGGUUUGGAUUUGGUUUCACGUGGAUUAUUAUUGGGUCACUAAUUUUUACGUUCUGGAUGAAAAAUCAAGAGAAGAAAACAAAGAAAAAGGCCAUUGCAAGGGAUGUGGCUGAACACGAGGAAACAGCAAUUGAAGCAAGGAUAGAUGAACUGCCUGCUUGGGUGUUCUUCCCAGAUGUCGAGAGGGCAGAAUGGCUAAACAAGAUGAUUGUCCAGCUUUGGCCCUACAUCAAUGACAUGGUCAUCAAGAUCUUAAAGGAGAAGGUUGAGCCAGAGAUUCAGAAAAAUGUCCCUGGUUUUUUGAGUUCUAUUUAUUUUGAUGAGCUCAAGCUUGGUGAUCAGCCACCACGCAUUGGAGGUAUCAAGACUUACACUCAGAAUGUCAAGCGCUCUGAGAUUGUUAUGGAUGUUGAUCUUAUAUAUGCAGGAAACUCGGACAUUAGACUAUCUGUCAAGGGGAUGUCUGUGGGUAUUGAAGACUUGCAGCUGCGUGGUACUCUAAGAGUAAUCUUGAGUCCACUCAUUCCUACAUCUCCAUUGGUGGGCGGGGUAUCAGUCUUCUUCCUCAACAGACCAGAUAUUGACUUUGACCUUACCAAUUUGUUGAAUAUUCUAGACAUUCCUGGUUUGAGUGACAUCAUAAGAGGAGCUAUAGAUGACGUAGUUGCAUCAUUUGUAGUCUUACCCAACAGGAUCACUGUCCCAUUAACUGAUAUUGACCCAUAUACUCUCAAAUUCCCUCUCCCUGACGGCGUACUUCGUAUCCACGUUAUCGAGGCUAAGGACCUUGUGAAGAAGGAUAUUGGUGUGUUUAAGAAAGGUUCCUCCGACCCAUAUGCAGUUAUUACAGUUGGAGCCCAGACGUUCAAGACUGAAACAAAAGAAGAGACUUUGAAUCCCAAAUGGGAUGAAGUUUUUGAGGUAUUUGUGGACAACAGCCAGGGGCAGAAGAUCAAGAUACAGUUGUUUGACAAAGAUAAAGCAUCAGAUGAUGAAUCUCUGGGAUCUGUUGAGGCAGAUAUUAGCACUGUGGUACAACAGGGAAGUGCCGAUCUUUGGCUUCCUCUCGAGAAUGUUGAAAGUGGACAAAUCAACCUGCGCUGUGUUUGGUAUACCUUUACCUCCAGCCCUGAUGACCUGUCACCCCCUGACAAAGCCAUCCAAGGAGAGGAAAUGUUGGGAACAGCAGCUUUGUUUGUGAAACUGGACUCUGCCAAGAACUUACCUGUAACCAAUCCUGCCCGUGGUACCACAAGUGCAUUCUGUAAGUUGACUGUUGGUAAUAGGACCCUUCAAAGCAAGACAAUCCAAGAUUCCAUCAGUCCGGUCUGGGAGGAGCCAUUCCGCUUUUCGAUUCAUGAUCCAAAGUAUCAAGAACUGGACAUUGAGGUAUUUGAUAGUGUGAAAGAGAAGAGUAUUGGUAAGCUUGAUCUUCCUCUUGAACGCUUGCUGAAAGAUGAAGACAUGAAGUUUGAACAGCCCUUCCCACUCAAGGAUUCUGGACACAACAGUACCUUGUCAUGCAGCCUUAUUCUCAAAGCAUUAGUUACCCGUGAGGAUGACACAUCUGAUGAAGAAGAUGGCGAAGAAGAAGAAGCUGGAAAAGAAACAUCUGAACUUAUCCCAACUAAAGAAGGAAAAGAUGAGAAAGGAGAGAAUACUGCAGUAAGGAGAAGAAAACCAGCUGCUCCAAAAGAGAAGAUCCAGAGGAACGUGACUGGUGACCUGCACUUCAGGAUACAGUACCUGUCCCAAGGAAGCAAAGUAGUAGUUGAUGAGAUGAAAGCCAGAGACUUGUUGCCUUGUGAUUCAGAUGGACUGGCUGAUCCUUACAUCAGGGCCUAUCUCCUGCCAGAAAGAGCUAAAAGUAGCAAGAGAAGGACUGAUGUUGCUAAAAACACUUUGACUCCUGCCUUUGAUGAAAGGUUUGAGUGGAUGAUCCCACAGGACAAACUCAAGGAUCAUUCCUUGCAGAUUUCUGUCAAGAAUGAUGUAGGGUUCUUCUCCAAGAGCAAGACCAACAUGGGGGAGGUGAUCCUUAACCUUGGUACAAUAGACCUCGUCAAGCCAACAUCUCAAUGGCACAUCCUGCGUGACCCCAUGAAAGAGGACUAAAUUGUGGAGAAUAAUCGGCAAAGGAUUAAAUGACCUGUAUGUGGAUAAUGAAUUGUCUGGUCCCUGGAAAUAGUCAGUCUUUACAAAGAAGUUUUGGACCCAUAACCUGUUUAAAGUGGAAGAAUGGUAAAAAAAGUGGAGCUACACCCUGGCAUCUCUCCUGAAGAAGAUAAAACUGGAUGAUAAUAAUUAAUAUAAUGCUAUAUUGUUUGUAAUUAAAGUUAAUGCAGCUCCAGUCCUUGCACACUCAAUAGUUUGUUCCAAUUGUAGUCGAGGUCAAAAGAGUAUAAAAUGGCAUGAAGUACCCCACACGUGCAGGAUGGAUUUUGAUGUUGUGUUCUAGAUUCAAAGCCUCUCUGCAAAGAUUGCAAAGGCAUUCUGAGUUGUCAGCAUUAUGCCAUCUGACUCUUUAGUUUGUAUGCUAGAGAAGCUCUAUUAGGUGGCCAACCUGUUGGCCAGUUGUCAAAGUCUCAAAAUAGAGUUUUUGCAUAAAUCAAUACAGUACCUCUCUCAGUCACCGGUGACCUCUAUUAAGACCUUAACUUAACAUUAAAAUGAUAAUCUUGUGCAAAACCACUUCAUACAUCAACAAAAUGAUAUUAGAAUAUUCUAUAACAACAGACCCAAAUUUAUCAUAACUUUAAAUUCAACAGUAUUUUGAAAACCAUUCAUGUUAUUGUGUUGAUUGAAUAGUGUUAAUGUAAUCAAAUAAAAUGCACACUGAAUUAUUAAUAGUUAUAUCAAUUUCAGACUAAAUAUUAAUAUAAAAUUCAGUUAGGAUAGUAAUUUAUGUCUUAGUAAGGGUUGCGUAUUGGUAUGUUUUAGUAGAUAAUGUAUUUUAAUUCACCAUCAUAGUAUUAGGCUACAGUUUGGAAUUAUAGUUGUUUACCAAUAAGUAUUGAACAGAACUUUAAAUUAACUACUUCUUGCACUAGACUCAAAUUUUAAAAUAAAUUCAAAUAUUCAAGAUGAGUAAA